GGUAACAAAAUGGAUGAAGAAGACUACGAAAUUUGCGAAUUAUUUCUUAAAUUAUGUGAAAUAUAUACUUUAUAUAAAAAAUACAAGAAAACAAAAAGGUCGAAAAGGCGUAAAGUUCGGCGAUUAAAUAGAAUUCCGGGUACAAGAUGUUAUCAAGUCAGAGAGUUCCGUCCAAUGAAUACAUUGGAGCCUGAUGAAUUGUUUUCAGAGACAAGGAUGUCCCCGCCUGUGUAUGAGCUGCUUUUAAAAUUAGUGGGCAGUUCCUUGUAUAAGCCAAAACAGCGGAUUGGUCCUGAGGAAAGAAUCUCUUUAGUUUUGCUAUAUUUGUCACAAGGUGUAUCCGUGAAGAGCGUUGCUCGGAUUUAUAAGUUGGCUGAAGUGACUGUGCGCAAAAUAAUACAGGAAACUUGUGAAGUUAUCUGGCGGCUACUUUCCCCAGAUUACGUUGCCGAACCUACAGAAUCCCAAUACAAGGAUAUUGCUAAGGAUUUUCUGGAGAUGUGGGACAUUCCAAAUUGUGUUGGUGCAAUCGAAGGCAAACAUAUUGCAAUCAAGUGUCCAGCCGAAUCAAGUUCAUUCUACUACAACUACAAAAAAUUCUAUAGCAUCGUUCUGAUGGCCGUAUGUGAUGCCAAGUAUACAUUCACUGCAGUAAGCAUCGGAAGUUGUGGUUGUCAGAGUGACGGAGGUAUUUUCCAUCGUACACCAUUUGGACAGAGCUUGAUAAAAAAUACUUUGCCAUUACCGCCCGCCGCGCCAUUAUCUGCGGAAUCACCCCAUACAUUACCACAUUAUUUCGUUGGCGAUGACGCCUUCCCAUUGAAACUCAACAUAAUGCGUCCAUAUUCCGGUUCUAAAUUACCAAGAGUCCACCAGAUUUUUAAUUAUCGCCUUUCACGAGCACAUAGUGUAAUAGAGAACAGCUUUGGAAUACUAACGGCGCGAUGGAGAGUUCUUCGCACGACGAUUGAAUUCGACCCUACAAAUUGCGAAAAAAUAGUGCUAGCCUGCAUUGCAUUACACAAUUUUAUAAUUUUAAACGAUCCCAAUCGUUGGUAUUGCCCUGAAAAUUAUGUUGAUCGACAAGAAGCUGGUAACAUCGUUCAUAGUGGGGAUUGGCGACGUGAAAUAAAUAAUAAUACUUGUUUACCACGUAUGUGGUCUACAAUUCGAAGAUACUCUGAAAUGUCAUAUCAUUUCCGAAAUAGGCUUGCUGAUUAUUUCGUAAAUGAAGGAGCUUUACCAUACCAAGAUGACAUUGACCUUUCCACUGUAGGGUCCAUAUGAAAUUCAAACACAUGUGAAGUGAAACAAAUAU